CGCGCGGUGUUGAUGAAGACUUGACAAAGAAGUGGACCGAUUUUCGCACUAAGGCCGUUGGUGAUCACCCAGGCCACAAGCUAAUGAGAUUUUUAGAGGACAUCAUCCAAAGAUCAUAUUUCAUAUAUAGACAGUCAUUAGAUUCGACUUCGCAUAGGAUGACGCCAGAUGUUACCUCAGCCCUGACGAUCUUUUGGGUUGUAGGAUCCCUCCAAGAAGCCAAAAAUGCUGUCAAGGGAGAUGAAUAUUGCACCCAGUACCUGAUGGCUAGCUCUUUACACGAUUAUUGCUUAUUGAAGGCCUCUGCCGCUGCCGCAAUCAUGAGACCUGACGACCACUUUGCCUUCUACAUGUCAUUUCCUGAGUUGUGUCACCUCAAAAGUUGUGCUACAGAAUAUCAACACCUUUUCAGGACUGGCUGUCAAUCAAGCAUAGGAAGAGCGCCUAGGGCUAUCACACACGAUUCUAAAGAACAUUUGAGAGUGAGAAAGAAAAUUGCACUGUUUUGGAAACCGUGAAAUAAAGUGGAAGUUUCUUGAAGUAUUCCGUGAAUAUCUUGUAUUUUAUACCUAAACAUGUAUGGUAUAUUAGAUGAAAAGUGUACCUGGUAUCUAGAGUGAGAUAAGUUAUAGGUUUGAUCCUGU